GUCAAGGAUGUUGGAAGAGAGAAAGAGGGAAGUAGUGUCAGACAGGCGGACAGUAUCCACUGAACCGAGGCAUUUCGGACAAAAACCACCUGCUAAUGAAUAAUAAAGCAGCUGUUUCGUCUCUGAGAUUUCUGACUGAAUGGCGUCUCAGGAGGGGGAGGAGCUUCCUCCAAAGGGAGGCCAAUCAGAUAGUCGUCUAAAGAGCAAGAAGCCACCUAGCCUGGUAAUAGCCAUCCCUCAACCUGAAGAAAUGAAGGGACAUGAUCCAACAAAACAGCCACUACGGCCGUCCCUGAAAAAAAGUUGGAGCAGUCGGACACCAGCGUCUGUGUCAGAGAGCAUCACAGGAGCUGGAGAUGAAGGCAAUUCAGUCGGGGAGAGAAGGGCAAAAUUUGGAAGGCAAACGUCACUCUCACAAAGUAUCCGGAGGAACACAGCACAGUGGUUUGGCGUUGGAGAGGACUGUGAGACCAAACAGCAGGUAUGGCACAGGAAGAGCCUGCGUCACUGCAGCCAGCGCUACGGCAAACUGAAGGCCCAAUAUAGAGAGCCUGAGACUGCCACCACCACCACCGACCAGAGCCUAGACUCACCAGCCACACACAGGAUGCCCAAGAUUGUGGAUCCUCUUGCACGUGGAAGAGCCUUCCGAAUGACUGACGAGGUCGACAGUCGCUCCCCCAGGACGCCGGGCCAGGUUGGCCCUGUCACACCAGGAGUCACCUCGCUGUCCUCCUUCACCAGCCAGCGGUCCGGCUACAGCCGCUUCCCCCGGCGUAAGAGGGAAUCUGUUGCCCGCAUGAGCAUCCGAGCUGCAUCCAACCUGCUGAGGGGUCAUGGUGGCUUGGCGGGCUCACAGGCAGGUCGCAGUUUUCCCCGGAGGAGCUUUGUCAGGCCCAGCUGGAUGGACGAGGACACUGUGGACUCUGCAGACAUGUCAGAGUCGCUCUUCUUCAGCAAGGUUGAUGCUCACGAUGAACUGACGUCUAUGGCCGAUGAUGUAUUUGAAUCCCCUCCCAUUUCAGCCUCCUUUGGUCCCACUGAGCCAGCUGACCUGAGGUUUCAGGGCCUCAAAGACAUGUCUCGAACACCCAAAACACCAACAGCUGUCCAUGAGAAGAGUUUCCCUCGUCGGGGUCGUCGCAUUGCCUCCCAAGUAAAGCACUUUGCCUUUGACAAACAUAAGCGCCAGUAUGGUAUGGGCGUCGUGGGGAAAUGGCUGAACCGGCACUAUCGACGCAGCCUUAGCAGCAAUGUCCAGAAACAGCUGGAAGACUUCCACAGCCACAGGCCCUACUUUACCUACUGGAUUACAUUUGUCCAUAUAGUGAUCACUUUGCUGGCCUGUUGUACAUAUGGUUUUGCCCCUGUGGGGUUUGCACAACACUCUCAAUCUCAACUGGUUCUAAAGAAUAAAGGCAUUUAUGAGAGCGUCAAGUAUAUUCAACAAGAGAACUUCUGGAUUGGUCCCAGUUCUGAGGACUUGAUCCAUCUAGGGGCCAAAUUCUCUCCAUGCAUCCGCCAGGACAAACAGAUAGUUGACUUGAUCCAGAGGGCCAAGGAUCUGGAGAAGGAAUCAGGCUGCUGCGUACAGAAUGACAACUCUGGAUGUGUGCAGACCCUCCACUCCGACUGCUCUGAGACCCUUGCCACCUUUAUUAAAUGGAAUAAUGAGCCUGUGGACAUCAGCAGGUCUUCGGGUUCUGUGUGUCACCAGGAUCCCAGGGUGUGUGAAGAACCUGCCUCUGCAGAACCUCAUGUGUGGGUGGAUGACAUCACCCAAUGGCCAGUGUGCACAUAUCCCAAGAGUUGGAAUCACACAGGGUACAGACACAUGGACUGCAAAAUCAAGGGACGACCAUGCUGCAUAGGAACUAAGGGCAGAUGUGAGAUUGCAACCAGAGAGUAUUGUUCUUUCAUGCAUGGUUACUUCCAUGAAGAUGCCACACUCUGCUCACAGGUUCACUGUCUGGAUGAUGUGUGUGGCUUGCUCCCCUUCCUCAACCCUGACAUCCCAGAUCAGUUCUACCGUCUCUGGCUCUCUCUCUUCCUCCAUGCUGGGCUGCUGCACUGUGCGGUGUCUGUGGUGUUCCAGAUGACUAUACUUAGAGACCUGGAGAAGUUGGCAGGCUGGGCUCGCAUCUCCAUCAUCUACAUCCUCAGUGGAAUCACCGGAAACCUUGCCUCUGCCCUUUUCCUGCCCUACAGAGCAGAGGUGGGACCAGCGGGGUCACAGUUUGGUCUUCUGGCCUGCCUGUUUGUGGAGCUGUUUCAGGGCUGGCAGAUGUUGGAGAGGCCGUGGAAAGCCUUCCUCAAACUGCUGGGCAUCGUCCUCUUCCUCUUCAUGUGUGGCCUUCUGCCAUGGAUCGACAACAUCGCCCACAUCUUUGGGUUUCUCAGUGGUUUGCUGCUGUCCUUUGCCUUCCUGCCCUACGUCACGUUCGGAACUUUUGACAAGUACCGCAAACGUAUCCUCAUCGUGGUGUCAUUGGUGGCCUACACAGGGCUCUUCUCUUCUCUUAUUGUUUGGUUUUAUAUUUAUCCGAUUAACUGGCAUUGGCUGGAGCACCUCACCUGCUUGCCCUUCACAAGUAAGUUCUGUGAAAAGUACGACAUCGACCACAACAUCGAUCACGUGGUGCACUAGCCAGUGACGAUGUCCAUGAUUUUUAGGUCAGCUCAGUGGCCGUUUUCAAAAAUGUGUCAAUCAUGUUUUUUUUCGUGUCUGAGGUCUCGACCUGAAUCACUCUGUUAUUCUCGGUCUACUGUCAGAAAACUUUACUCAACCUUUUUAAUCCUCAAUCAAGUGUGGUUCUAGUAACAGAUCGUUGACAGGAGGAGAUGCUCAGGGUGUCAGAACUGCAAAGAAAUGGAUGGACCGAAAGACGAAAGUGUUUAAUUGGAGAGGCUGGUUUCACAGUUUCAUGAGCAGAACAAGUGACAUUACUCUAAAGGAGCUGAACAAAUGUGUCAGACGGCUCCAGCCUACAGUCACUUUAACUAUGGAUGGCUUUAACCCUGUAAAAGGCAGAACUGAGCGUCCUCUGUUAUCCCAGUGACUCUGGAUGUUACAGAUGCCUUUGAACUCUUGUUUUCACUGGGUUUCACACUACAGGAGCUUCUGCUGCUUUUUAACGUUUUCAGAAUUAAAAGCUGUGUUUUUUAUGUACACUCUUUUCUAUGUAUGCACUUGGCAUGUCAGUAAUCUCUUGGAGCAGUUCAAUGUUUUGUAAUGGUGUGUUCCAAUUAUUACUUGUGCACUAAUAAUAUCUAUAAGAAAUAGGAACAGUGGCCUGAUGAGGCAAGCAUCUAAAACCAUUAGUUGCCUUAAAGGUCCAGUGUGUAAGAUUUAUGCAGGUAGGAGGAUCUAAUUACAAAAAUGGAAUAUAAUAUCAGUAAUUACGUUUUCAUUAGUGUAUAAUCACCUGGAAAUGUAAUUGUUUUUUUAUUACAUUAGAGUCUACAGAGGAAGUGGCUUGCAGUGUUUCUACAGAACUUCAGAAAGGACGUCCACUUACUUGUUUUUUUUUUUAUUUUAUUUUAUUUUGUUUUGUUUUUUCUGUUUACAGAUACUGAGGUGCAUCACAGUCACCUACAAUGUUUUAGUGUGGAUCAGAGUUAAUGUCCACUUAACCAAAAAGACCAGAAUGGACACAACAAACCCUGGUUGUAAUGAGUGACCUUUGUGUUUCUUGGCAGCCAGUAUAGCAAUGCAAUCUGCAGUGUCACCACUAGAUGUCACUAAAUAUUACACACUGAACCUUUAAACUGAGACUAUGCCAUCUCCCUACUUUGUACUGCUUGUGAUCAGUUCACAUAAUAGAUAUUUGUGUGAUGCUGAUCUACCAAAGCAAUGUCACAAGCAGGUUUUGCAUGUUGUUUGAGUCAAACAUUAGAUUUCUGUACGUCACUUCUGCACACUAUGUCCGACAACAUAACAGUGGUGCCUAAACCAUUCUGUACAUUUUUAUUUGUCUUCAGUUAAACAAAAUAAUCUAUUUAUUAUUGGGCAUUUUUGUUAGAUUUGACAGGUGUCAUUUUUUGCACUGUAUGUUUGUCAAACAUCCUCAAAAUGUCUUUUUUUCCAUUUGAGCCUUAAUAUGCUCAUGAAAUUACUCUAAAAGGCUCUUUUUUUUUUACCAUUCACACUUGUUAGUGCUCUCCUUGACAUAAUCAAUGCAAAUAGAACAGUCCUCCGUUAUCCUCAGAUUCUAAAGAUGUCUACAUCAUAUAUUCAUGUCUGUGCAUUUGUGUUCAGAUAAAAUGUCGUUGCUGUUUUGGAGGUCCCUGACAAUGUGACAUGAGUGAUUUAUUUUAAGAAUUCCUGCCGUUCUAAACCAUUUCCUCACGCUGAAUGGUAAAUGCUCCGGGGUCUGGUUUGUUGUUGUUGCGAAUCUGGCAUGUGUUGACCCCAGCUGUUAGGAGAGCUACUGUAAUGACUGUUUGGAGGAUUAUGUGAGUUACUAAGUGAGUUAUGGGAUUAUGUGAGUUAGUCUGCAGGCCUGACUUACUGAUUGGCGGCUGUUUUUGAGACCGUGAAAUUUUAAAAACAUGAACAAUAUGUAAUAUGUUGGAGCUCUGCCAUUUCUUUUAUGGAUUCACAAACUGUCUGACUUUUUUGCCACCAUCCCAUUUUUGUUUUUUUAGGGAAUGUCUAUACUGUGCCUUUUUAUCAUGUGAACAAAUGUCAGAUUUUACCCACCGUAAAACCGUUGCUCAUAAUCAUGACAGUCGCCCUGUUGUGUUUCCACUGGGACCAAAACAUUUCACCUUUUGUAUUUAUUGGAAUAAAAAAGGGAACGUUUUAAAUCAUUUUAGGCCGUAAUCAAGGUGCUGUUGGGUUAUGCUUCAGUUUUACCUGUGGAAAUUUUUGUGUUAAAGCAAUCAUGUCAAAAUAAAUAAAACUAAACAAUAAAAUAUGUCAGCGAUGUUUUCUGUA